GGAAAGGACAUUUUUCUUAAUGUCCAAUCUAAACCUCCCUUACUGCAGUUUAAGGCCAUGGCUUCUUAUGCUAUCAUCAGAGGCCAAGAACAAGUCUCCCCGCCCCCCGCGACACCCCUCUGCACCUGACAGGACCAAGAGCCAUGUCUACCUUUUGUUCCAGAUCAUCCCAUCUUGCAGUAUACAGGGCAGGGAAAUGGCUAUGAUGGAGCUGGCUCAGGUGCCAGUGACCUUUGAGGAGGUGGCUGUGUAUUUUACCACAGGGCAGGGGGCGCUGCUGAGCCCUGCGCAGAGAGCCCUCUACAAGGACGUCAUGCAGGAGAACUAUGAGACAGUGGCCUCACUGGGAUUCCCCAUUUCCAAACCUGACCUGCUCACCCAGCUGGAACAAGGGGAAAAGCUGUGGGUCCCAGAUCUUCAGCCCUCCAAAGAAAUGAGGAUCUUGAGAGAUAUUCACACAGUCUCCGACGCUCAUAUGAUCUCCUGGGAGGAAAUGCAGAUCCCAGAUCUCCAGGGCUGUGAGAAAGGAGAGAUCAUCAGUGACACCCACACAGCAGGUGAUGAGGCCCCGAGUGAGAACCAUGAAAAGAGUCUUCAGCAAGAAAGACGGGAGCAAAUGGCUCCAUGCAGGAUGUUAUUGGGAAAAUCUGAAGGGUAUGUUUCUCAGAGUCCUGAGCAGGGAUUGACCUGUGAGAGCCAGCGUAGCCAACAAAAGCAGCAGGGAAACCAUCCAGGAGAGGGACAGGGUAAAUCCAGCCACAGAAGCAGAGGGGUGAAAACAAACACAGAAACUAUUAAUCAGAAAAUCCUCCAUCAACAGUCACCCUGUGCUUCCAGUAACUGUGCAACUCUUAGUAAACGUGGAAGAGCCCACACAGGAGACACACCCUUCAGCUGCUCUGAGUGUGGAAAAUGCUUCAGUCAUAGGGCAUAUCUUGUUAGACAUAGGAGAACCCACACAGGAGAGAAACCCUUCAGCUGCUCUGACUGUGGGAAAAGCUUCAGUGAGAGUUCAAGCCUUGUUGCACAUAGGAGAACCCACACAGGGGAGAAACCCUUCAGCUGCUCUGACUGUGGGAAAAGCUUCAGUGAGAGUUCACGCCUUGUUGUACAUAGGAGAAGCCACACAGGGGAGAAACCUUUCAGUUGCUCUGACUGUGGAAAAUGCUUCAGUCGCAGCUCAAACCUUGCUAUACAUAGGAGAGCGCACACAGGGGAGAAACCUUUCAGUUGCUCUGAGUGUGGGAAAAGUUUCAGAAGGAGCUCAGAUGUUCUUAGUCAUAGGAGAACCCAUACAGGAGAGAAACCCUUCAGCUGCUCUGACUGUGGGAAAAGCUUCAGUGAGAGUUCACGCCUUGUUGUACAUAGGAGAACCCACACAGGGGAGAAACCUUUCAGUUGCUCUGAGUGUGGGAAAAGUUUCAGAAGGAGCUCAGAUGUUCUUAGUCAUAGGAGAACCCACACAGGGGAGAAACCUUUCAGUUGCUCUGAGUGUGGGAAAAGUUUCAGAAGGAGCUCAGAUGUUCUUAGUCAUAGGAGAACCCACACAGGAGAGAAACCCUUCAGUUGCGCUGACUGUGGAAAAUGCUUCAGUCAGAGGUCACACCUUGUUAGCCAUAGGAGAGCCCACACAGGAGAGAAAUCCUUCAGCUGUUCUGACUGUGGGAAAAGCUUCAGUGAGAGUUCAAGCCUUGUUGCACAUAGGAGAACCCACACAGGGGAGAAACCUUUCAGUUGCUCUGACUGUGGAAAAUGCUUCAUUCAGAGGUCAGCCAUUAUUAAACAUAUGAGAGCCCACACAGGAGAGAAACCUUUCAGUUGCUCUGUGUGUGGAAAAUGCUUCAGUUGCAGCUCAAACCUUGUUAGACAUUGGAGAGCCCACACAGGAGAGAAAUCCUUCAGCUGUUCUGACUGUGGGAAAAGCUUCAGUAGGAGCUCACAUCUUCUUAUCCACAGGAGAACCCACACAGGGGAGAAACCCUUUAACUGCUCGGACUGUGGGAAAAGCUUCAGUGAAAGUUCAAGUCUUCUUACACAUAGGAGAACCCACACAGGAGAGAAACCCUUCAGCUGCUCUGACUGUUGUAAAAGCUUCAGAAGGAGCUCAGAUCUUCUUAGUCAUAGGAGAACCCACACAGGAGAGAAACCCUUCAGUUGCUCUGACUGUGGAAAAUGCUUCAGUCAGAGGUCACACCUUGUUAGCCAUAGGAGAGCCCACACAGGAGAGAAACCCUUUAACUCCUCUGACUGUGGGAAAAGCUUCAGUGAGAGUUGAAGCCUUGUUGCACAUAGGAGAACCCCUAUAAUAAAGGUGGGCAAAAGCCUCUUAAUGGGUAGAAUCCAGCUUGCGUAGGGCUUUGAUUUUGACUGUGAGGGAGUGCUAUACCCUGUCCCUUCACUGGCAUGUGCUGUAAGGGAAGGAACUCAGCCCCACUACUCUUCUCAUCCUGCAGCCACUGGAGAGGAGGCAGCCCUGAGGCUGUACCACAUGGACUGGCUAGAGACACUGCUGUCACUGCACCUCUGGCUUCCCAGGCUGGCUCAUGGCCACAUCCAUAGAAUCUUGUGCCACUAGGGCCACGUGGCCAUGCCAGGGAUGCCUCUGGGGCCAGUUGUGGGCUGUGUGCCUAUGGCAGUGGUGUCUCCAGCCCCGGUCCAUAUGGCUGCAGCAGCAGUGCAUCUGAGGCUGACGCACAGCUGCAUGGCUGCAGCAGUGGUGCCUCUGGGGCCAGUCCUGGACUGCUUGGCUGUUGCAGCAGCAGAACCUGCCUCCAGACUGUCUGGGACAGUGUGGCUGCAGAUGUUGUUGCAAAGGGGCACGAAGCCAGGUAAUCACCCUCUGCUCGAGACCCUCCAUCCCCUCACUUCCCUCCUCCCCAGAACCUCCAGCUUGCUCUGACACACUCCCUUGUUCUUGCACCCUCUCUGCUUGGCACACACUGCCCGUUCCCUUGUUCCUGCUCCCUCCACCUGGCCAGAUACCGUACUCCCAGCCUGCUUCUUCACCACAGCUCCCUUCCAGAUUCUGCAUCCCAUUCCUAUCCUGUUGGCAGCCCUGCCUCACACUGUAACCUUCAUUUUUGUCCCUACCCCAGAGCCUAAGGAGGUCCAUAAGGUUCACUAACUCUAGAAUUACAGAAAAGGAAAUCUGAUCCAUCAGAAGUUUUUAACCUCAGUUUUCCCCCCUUUGCUUCCCCUCACCCGAUGAGGCUGGGGCAGCAGAGAAUGGAGGGAGGUUGGAGGAGUUUCUAUACUUCUCACUUGUGUGGUCCCCAAUGAAUUUUUUUGUGGGUCAGUGACCCCUGAUCCAAAAAUGGUUCUCCACUGCUGCCUUAAAUAAAGAAAAUAAU